CCGCACAAGGCUACGAGUAGAGGAGUUAGUAGAAGGCUCCGUGACUUGGGAAUUACUUCAUAGCUCUCAUAAGUCAGUAUUUCCUCUGCCCCUGAACCAAUACGCCAUGGACAACCCAUGGAGGGACGAUGACUUUUCCGCAUCAUCAGCUUGCGAAGUGGCGCCAUAUGAAAUCCUCGAGCCAGAGCGUCUAGCAGCAGAAUCAUCUGAUCUCCAAACUUUCACCCAAAACAUUGCGGAACAGCCGUAUGACCCAGAGUCCUGGCUGCUCCGCGCGCGCUGCCUCCGGCUUCUGGGAUUCCCAGAGCUGGCACUCGGUGAUGCGUACAAAGCGCGACUGCUAGUUGAAGCCAGCCAGGAAAAAAGCACUCCACUCGGGAAGAAAGCUUUUCUGGCUUUGUGCGAUAAAACCAGGCUCCUGCACGAGACAGACCCGAGAUUAGCGGCAUGGAAGCACCUCGUUUCAACGACAGCGCUCCUUGAGAAGCGCGUCGUUGCAGAACUGCAAGAGCUCGAGCUCCAGGUUUGGUCAGAGCUCAUGGAAGGCUUGAUGGCUUCAAAUGCGUGUAGUGACUACCUGACCCUCAGCCAAGAAGCGGUGCUUCGAUUCCCGCAAGAUGCUGUAUUUCCAUCGGAGGUGCUGAACGCGAAGUCGUGGUUCAAGCAGAGGGAUGACAUCCUGCGGGAGCAGGUAAACGCCGGCGAGAUGAGCGAAGAGAAAAUGCAGGCAACUCUUCAUAACGGCGGCGUCUACCCUGUGGCUUAUCCGUGGAUGCGAGAGGAUUUUGUGUCGAGAGAGGAUUCUUUCCUCGACGGGUGUAAAAAAGAGUUCAGCGUGCGAUCUACCAAUAGCACUGUUUCUCGCAGUGCUAUUAGGGACGUUGACGAAGACGACGACGCCCCAAGCUCAGGAGACGUUCUUGGCGCCUUCGCGACGAAGAGUAUCGCUCCAGCAGAUACCGUGCUCGUGGACAGCACUGUGGCAGGCGUCACAAGUAGCGCUGAACGCUGCCCGACGUGCUGUGGCCGAAUCAUGGAAGAGAUUCUCAACGAUUGCUGCAGCGUCCCGUACUGUAGUACAGACUGCUCCAAGACGGCCCUGGAUACCUUCCACGCCUCCGUCUGCGGCAAAGAUUUCGGCUUCUUAACAUCUGCAGCAGAGUCAGCGCAACUAACAACCGACCUCUCUCUGGACUCAGUACUCCUCCUCCGAGUCCUGGCUCUCUCUAUGCAAGAACCGACGCUUCACCCCUUGAAGACAUCUCUCCUCAAUCGACUGACGCCCACGUAUAAAAACGACGAGUUGAUAAUUUUCAACUUCCCAGACCACAUCGUAACACCUAUUCGGGUGCUGGGCGAGCUGGGCAUUGAUGUUUUCGCAAACGCCGCUUAUGACACCUGGGUCCUGCAUACAAUAAGAUGUCGGCUGCAGAAUAACAAGCACGGGCAGACUCUCGAUGGGUUCCCUGGGACGGCCGUGAACCCAUUGUACUCAAUGUUCAAUCAUAGCUGUGCACCGAAUGUGGACUGGGAGCACGGAGAUAGUAAUAGCACAUUGAGAAUGUUUGCUCUACGAGACGUAGAGGAAGGAGAGGAGCUAUUUAUCUCGUAUAUAAGGCCGUUGACGAUGGACUAUGCGGAGAGGCAAGAGAGCCUAUUGCCCUGGUUGGGAAUGGAGUGCGAAUGUGAGCGGUGUAAAGCCGAAAGGCCGCCAACUGAGGCUUGACAUAUUUGGUGGCAUUUGGAUAUACAGCAGGAGACAUGAUCGAGGAUAAAAGCAUAUUUAAGUCGAUUUAGCCAUUGAAGGGAUUGAAAACGAUUGUUUCCCAUAGUUGCCGAAGUGCCAAGUAACAAGCCGAGACUUGAUAGCCAUAAAUUUAGAUAAUAGCGUCUCGGCCUGUCAUCUCCUUAUGAGAGGCGGCCAACACCACACCCACCAAAGCUGCGAC